AUGAACAAGGGGGAGGAGGAGAAUUACCUAAAGCAUAUCCUUUACAUAAUACUUAUGCCAAACAAGAUGCUUAUGUUCAGGGACCAACUUGUGGUACUUUUACUUGAACAAAACUUUUGGAAAAUUCUAAAUAAAGUUUGUAAUGCACUCAAUUUAUGUCCGCCAGGACCUCCUGGUCCAGCUGGAAAACCAGGCGAAGAUGGAUUUCCAGGAGCUAGAGGCCAACCUGGAGCACCUGGAUUACCUGGAGUAGCUCCUCCAGUAACUAUUGAUACUAGCGCUGGAUGUAGAGUCUGUCCUCAUGGACCAACUGGACCUCCUGGAUUACCUGGCGAGACUGGGGUACCAGGAACUGACGGACUACCUGGACCGCCUGGCCGAAAGGGUGAAGAUGGAAGGGCUGGUUAUCCUGGAAAUCCAGGAAUUCCUGGUGAGUACUUAGCUAAAUAG